AUGUCUCGAAUUAGACCUGACCGCCUACCGGGCGCGUCAUAUCCUAGCUCCAACGCGCUUAUUGUCGCUCAACGAAAAGUCUUACGUCUUCAGGAGCCAUUCAACAUCACAUUCGAUGGAGGAAAGGACAGCCAGCCUCUAACCGACUGGUAUAACAAUCAUAGCAACAAUCCAUACAUCCAGACCCUACAGCUGCGUAAAGAGCGUGACGGACCGUUCUAUCACGAGUUUGUUGUGUUUCGCCUUCGAGCAGGCACGUACUGGCGAAUCGACCGGCGUCAGCUACCUGACGAGGAGAUGCCGCUUGAUUCGAUAUUCCGGGACGGAGUGACAGCUCGAGAUACGAUGGAGCAAGUAACUUCGUUUGAUGCUUCACUCUAUUCGCGCUCAGACUGUUUAAUCGAGUUGGAGUUUAAGGUGCUGGUCCAUGUAGGGCUUAUCCUCCGAGUGUGUCGCUCGAUUCAAAACCAUGCAAAGCUGUACACUCUACAGCGUUACAACUGUUAUUUCUUUGCUCAAACCUUGACGCUAUGUACCGCGUGUGGGGUUUCUGAUUGGGCGGGUAUGGGAAAAGAGAAUGAGGGAAGAAGCCCCUGGAGAUCGCCAAACAGCCCCUUUACGGACUUUUACAAGAAGUCUGACUUGGAAAACAAUGCUCGGCUACAAACGUGUACUGUCAACUGGAGCCUUGACGAUAGCUUUAAUUUUGCUUAUGAUUGGGGUCAGCUAUCGCGGUUGUCGAGUAUACUUAUCCACGCAAGUCCAGUAUUGAGACAUGCCGAUCAUUGUAACUUCUGUCUCGAGUCUGAUUCGAAUCGCCGCCAACGCGGUAUGAGCGGCGAGGUUGGGCGCUUGAAGCAUGAGAUCGAGGAAUAUUGGAGUACCGCGUUUCGCGAGGUUCUUAAUAGAGCUUACUUGGAGAGCCAUAAAAGAGUAAUUGCGAGUGGUAUAUGGCGAUUAUUGUCUCCGAACGUAACCAAUGAAGAAUACGAGCAAGUCAUGCAGAAUCGUAUCGAUGAGGUCAAGAUCAAAUGGGAGCAAUAUUCCAAGGACAAGGUCGAAAAUCUCAUUGCUGCUGUAAAAAGUCUCCUUGACCCGACAGAGGUGUGCGAUGCCUGGUAUUCAGAUCCAGACGAAUGGAAAUCAAUAUGGGCAUGCAAAGAUGGAGGCCCUGUUAGAGCUGCAUUUGUCGAAUGGGAGAAGCAAACACGCAUCUAUAUUGAAUCAGAGACCUCUCAGCUGAAAAGGGCCCUGGAGGUGCAGACAAUUCAAGCUGGCGAGAAGGUCCAAGAAAUGGCUCUGCGUGCGCGCAUUAAUUCCUUUACACAGUCUAUGAACAUUAAGAUCAGAGUAGCGCACGAAGGAGAGCCGAUAAUCCCAGGGGGUGCGGCCCCUUCUGACCAACGAUCAGCGAUGUCCGGAAAAACAAAAUUGUCAACGAGCACGACUAAAACAAGGCUAACCAUGCGGGCCGCGAAGUUCAAGAGCAAGAUGGACCGUUUCUUUAGCAAAUCACACAAAAUGGAGGAGGCUAACAUUAUGCAGAUGAAAAGUCAAAUAGAGGAGUUGAUCGGUUUGCACGCUGCCCGCGUUGAUCAGUAUAGAGUCUUACUCAAUUGCGGCGCGAGGGAGGUGCAAACCGAUAUAAAAGACGGGGUGGAUCAAAUAUGGAAUUACAUCAUUGGAUGA